GUCCAGGCCUGGGUAGUGAGGAGUUAUUGUUUACCAAAUCAGACCAUUAGUAGAGCCCAUUAUUCUGAAUUAAUGUGCUACUAUAACUGUUUUUCCAGCAGUCAGCUUUCAUCCCAGCAAGGAUGAAGUUGUUGCGCAUAUGGAUGUUCUUAGCAGUGCUAGGUUGGAAAUGUACAGCCAAGCAGUAUCCCAUUAUGAAUGAAACAAUCCUAUACUAUGAUUAUAAUGAUGAUUACUACGACUAUUAUUAUGAAUAUUACUAUGAAUAUUAUUACUAUGAAGAUUAUGCAACUGCAGCACCAGAAAAUAAAAUAUUCAAUAAACAGGAAUUGUCUAAACAAAUAAAAGGAAAUCCAUCCAGCUCAUACAGGGUUUCUUCAAUUGUUCCUUUUUUAGCAGAGACAACCGUAUCGACAACGAAAAAAGAUCCAGACACAAAUAUUGUAAUUGAAGAUGAUUAUUAUUAUUAUGAUUAUGCUACCACUCCGAAGCAUACAACAGGAGCAACAACUCAUUUAUUUUCUAGGAGCACAAUAUCAACAUCAACCAAACCGUCUUCAAGUAGCAGCACAAUAUCAACAUCAACCAAACCGUCUUCAAGUAGCAGCACAAUAUCAACAUCAACAAUACGGUUUUCAAGUAGCAGCACAAUAUCAACACCAACAAUAUGGUCUUCAAGAAGCAGCACAAUAUCAACAUCAACAAUACGAUCUUCAAGUAGCAGCACAAUAUCAACAUCAACAAUAGGGUCUUCAAGUAGCCGCACAUACUCAACAUCAACAAUACGAUCUUCAAGUAGCAGCACAAUAUCAACAUCAACAAUACGAUCUUCAAGUAGCAGCUCAAUAUCAACAUCAACAAUACGGUCUUCAAGUGGUAGCACAAUAUCAACAUCAACAAUAGGGUCUUCAAGUAGCAGCACAAUAUCAACAUCAACAAUACAGUCUUCAAGUACAAAGUCGGGAAUUCUUAACAGCACUACUUCUGCCAAAGUUACAACCAUUUUAGAAACGUCUUCUGUGAAAAUUGAUAAUACAAGCACACACUCUAGCACAUCUAUAGAAAGUUCUACUUCAAGUUUUAUUCCCAGCGGUAUGGAAUCUUCAACUUCUGCAAGUCCAGUAAAUGAAGGAGAUAUAUCUACGAAGGAAACAACUUCAGCAGGAAAUGAGAUAUUUACCCCAAGCCUGAAAAUUAAUAACACAACCAUGACCAGUUCAACCAAAAAUAUCAAAAUUACUGCUAGUAUAGUAGAGGAAAGGACAACCACAUUAAACCUCACAUAUACUAAAAGUGAAGCAACUGGUGAUGCUACCACAACUAAUGAGAAUAUAUCUCUUACUACCCCAACAAACAAUGAUUUAAUAGCUUCAACCCUUUCAAACUUAUUGAAUAACGGAUCUAGCCUACCAAGCUCUGAGAAUGAUGUCGUAAAUUCCCCAAUUUCAGAAACUACAUAUACUGAUACCAGUAAAAUAAGUGAUGGAAUACCUACUGCAAGUGUGGCAAAUAAUGAAACAACAACUUUAAAUUUAGAUGAUAUAAACACAAGCACUCCAAGCUCUCUAAAUGAAUUAAGAAGUACGAAGACUACAAAUAAUUUGUCUGAUGCAACGCCUGAAAACAGUAUUAAAACUGAAAAAACAACAUCAUUCAUAUUGAAUUCUACUUCAGCUAUAACUGAAGGAAUUAAUUUAGGCAAUAAUUCAUCAAGUAGCUUGACAGGCAGUACUGCUAGCAGUAGUUCAACAGAAGCAAGAAAUUCAUCAGAGUCCAGUAGUUCCUUCACUAAUUCAACAUUCAGUCCAAUAUCAGUCAACAGCUACUCUACUACUACAAUAUCAACAACAUUUACAGCAAGUACUAUACUAAGUAGUUCUACGUUUACCAGUAGUUCUGUUAUUCAUACAUCUAAUACAUUAGACAAUGAGUCUUCAACAGGAUCAAGUAUGUCUGGAAAUCAAAAUGCCAACAGCAGUACAAAACAAAAUACAUCUACGUCAAGAACCUUAGCUAUCUCUACAAGUUCUCACAUUACUUCUACAUUAACAACUGGAGACAAAAGCACCACAGCAGCAAUGGAACUAAUUAUACCUGAAAAAGACAGGUUAAAUGAAACACUACCAUCCUUUAGUUUUACCCUUCCUUCAUUUACUUUUUCCGAAUUAGGAAACUUAUCAUUACCAGGAAGUACAUCAACCAUCAACAACAUUUCAUCAAGCAGUUUUUCAUCUCUAAGCUCAGAAGCAAGGAGCUCAUUAUCAUCUGAAACCAUUGUCACAGAACCAACAGAAGAAUUGAUUACAACUAUUUUUAGUACUUUACAUAGCAGUUCAUCAACUAAUGCUAAUACUGCUGGAAGCACAACUACAGCAUCUACUGCAUCUACUUCAAGUACUGCUAGAAGUACAACUACAGCAUCUACUGCAUCUACUUCAAGUACUGCUAGAAGUACAACAACAACAACUAGUUCUUCUACUGGCACAACAACAACAACUAGUUCUUCUACUAGUACAACAACAACAACUAGUUCUUCUACUAGCACAACAACAACAACUAGUUCUUCUACUAGUACAACAACAACAACUAGUUCUUCCACUAGCCCAACAACAACAACUAGCUCUUCUACUAGUACACCAACAAAAACUAUUUCUCCUACUGCUACAAGUACUUGGACUGAUAUUAUUGUCACAGAGCCAACUGAAGAUUUCUUUACAACAGUUUCAAGCACUCUCUCCAGUAGUUCUUAUACUAGUACAACAAUAAAAACUAGUUCUUCUACUAGCACAACAAAUACUUCUUCUACUAGUACUACAACAAAAACUAGUUCUCCUACUGGUACAACAACAGAUACCAGUUCUUCUACUAGUCCAAAAACAAAAACUAGUUCUUCUACAAGUACAACAACAAAAACUAGUUCUUCUACCGCUACAAGUACUUGGACUCCUUUUCAUAUAAUUGUCACCGAGCCAACUGAAGAUUUGUUUACAACAGUUUCAAGCACUCCCUCCAGCAGUUCUUCUUCUAGUACAACAACAGAAUCCAGUUCUUCAACUAAUGCAACAGCAAAAAUCAGUUCUUCUACUAGUACAACGACGAAAACCAGUUCUUCUACUAGUACAACAACACAAACUAGUUCUUCUUCUAGUACAACAACAAAAACUAGUUCUUCUACUAGCACAACAACAACAACUAGUUCUUCUACUAGUACAACAACAAAAACUAGUUCUUCUUCUAGUACAACAAUGAAAACCAGUUUUUCUCCUAGUACAACAACAAAAACUAGUUCUUCUACUAGCACAACAACAAUAACUAGUUCUUCUACUAGCACAACAACAACAACAAGUUCUUCUACUAGUACAACAACAACAACUAGUUCUUCUACUAGUACAACAGCAACAACUAGUUCUUCUACUAGUACAACAACAACAACUAGUUCUUCUACUAGUACAACAACAAAAACCAGUUCUUCUACUAGUACAGAAACAGAAAGCAGUUCUUCUUCUAGUACAACAACAGAAACCAGUUCUUCUACAAGUACAACAACAGAAACCAGUUCUUCUACUAGUACAACAACAGAAACCAGUUCUUCUACUAGUACAACAACAGAAACUAGUUCUUCUACUAGUACAACAACGAAAACCAGUUAUUUUUCUAGUACAACAACAAAAACUAGUUCUUCUAGCAGUACAACAACAACAACGAGUUCUUCUAGUAGUACAACAACAAAAACUAGUUCUUCUACUAGUACACCAACAAAAACUAGUUCUCCUACUGCUACAAGUACUUGGACACCCUCUGAUAUCAUUGUCACCGAGCCAACUGAAGAUUUCUUUACAACAGUUUCAAGCACUCUCUCUAGCAGUUUUUCUACUAGUACAAUAACAGAAACUAGUUCUUCUACUGAUACCAGUACUUGGACACAUUUUGAUACCAUUGUUACCGAGCCAACUGAAGAUUUCUUUACAACAGUUUCAAGCACUCUCUCCGGCAGUUAUUCUACCAGUGCAACAACAAAAACCAGUUCUUCUACAAGUCAAACAACAGAAACCAGUUCUUCUACUAGUCCAACAACAGAAACCAGUUCUUCUACUAGUACAACAACAGAAACUAAUUCUACUAGUACAACAACAGAAACCAGUUCUUCCACUAGUGCAACAGCAAAAACCAGUUCUUCUACUAGUACAACAACAACAACUAGUUCCUCUACUAGUAUAACAACAGAAACCAGUUCUUCUACUAGCACAACAACAACAACUAGUUCUUCUACUAGCACAACAACAAAAACUAGUUCUACUACUAGUACAGCAACAUUAACUAGCUCUUUUAAUGGCACAACAACAACAACUAUUUCUUCUACUAGUACAACAACAACAACUAGUUCUUCUACUGGCACAACAACAACAACUAAAUCUUCUACUGGCACAAAAACAACAACUAGUUCUUCUACUAGUACAAAAACAACAACUAGUUCUUUUACUGGCACAACAACAACAACUAGUUCUUCUACUAGUACAACACCAACAACUAGUUCUUCCACUAGCCCGAAAACAACAACUAGCUCUUCUACUAGCACAACAACAACAACUAAUUCUUUUACUGGCACAACAACAACAACUAGCUCUUCUACUAGCACAACAACAACAACUAGUUCUUCUACUAGUACACCAACAAAAACUAUUUCUCCUACUGCUACGAGUGCUUGGACUGAUAUUAUUGUCACAGAGCCAACUGAAGAUUUCUUUACAACAGUUUCCAGAACUCUCUCCAGCAGUUCUUCUACUAGUACAAUAACAGAAAUUAGUUCUUCUACUGAUACCAGUACUUGGACACAUUUUGAUACCAUUGUAACCGAGCCAACUGAAGAUUUCUUUACAACAGUUUCAAGCACUGUCUCCAGCAGUUCUCCUACCAGUGCAACAACAAAAACCAGUUCUUCUACAAGUCAAACAACAGAAACUAGUUCUUCUACUAGUUUAACAUCAGAAACCAGUUCUUCUACUAGUACAACAACAGAAACCAGUUCAACUAGUACAACAACAGAAACCAGUUCUUCUACUAGUCCAACAUCAGAAACCAGUUCUUCUACUAGUACAACAACAGAAACCAGUUCAACUAGUACAACAACAGAAACCAGUUCUUCUACUAGCACAACAACAAAAACUACUUCUACUACUAGUACAGCAACAACAACUAGCUCUUUUACUGGCACAACAACAAAAACUAUUUCUUCUACUAGUACAACAACAACAACUAGUUCUUCUAUUAGCACAACAACAACAACUAAAUCUUCUACUGGCACAAAAACAACAACUAGUUAUUCUACUAGUAAAACAACAACAACUAGUUCUUCUACUGGCACAGCAGCAACAACUAGUUCUUCUACUAGUACAACAACAACAAGUUCUUCCACUAGCCCAACAACAACAACUAGCUCUUCUACUAGCACAACAACAACAACUAAUUUUUCUACUGGCACAACAACAACAACUAGUUCUUCUACUAGCACAACAACAACAACUAGUUCUUCUACUAGUACAACAACACCAACUAGUUCUUCUACUAGUACACCAACAAAAAUUAUUUCUCCUACUGCUACAAGUACUUGGACUGAUAUUAUUGUUACAGAGCCAACUGAAGAUUUCUUUACAACAGUUUCAAGCACUCUCUCCAGCAGUUCUUCUACUAUUGCAACAACAAAAACCAGUUCUUCUACAAGUCAAACAACAGAAACCAGUUCUUCUACUAGUUCAACAACAGUAACCAGUUCUUCUACUAGUACAACAACAGAAACUAGUUCUACUGGUAUAAGAACAGAAACCAGUUCUUCUACUAGUGCAACAGCAACAACUAGUUCUUCUACUGCUACAACAACAAAAACUACUUCUACUACUAGUACAGCAACAAAAACUAGCUCUUUUACUGGCACAACAACAACAACUAUUUCUUCUACUAGUACAAGAACAACAACUAGUUCUUCUACUGGCACAACAACAACAACUAGUUCUUCUACUGGCACAAAAACAACAACUAGUUUUUCUACUAGUACAACAACAACUAGUUCUUCUACUGGCACAACAACAACAACUAGCUCUUUUACUAGUACAACUACAACAAUUAGUUCUUUCACUAGCAAAACAACAACAACUAGUUCUUCUACUAGCACAACAACAACAACUAAUUCUUCUACUGGCACAACUACAACAACUAGUUCUUUUACUAGCACAACAUCAACAACUAGUUCUUCUACUAGUACAACAACAACAACUAGUUCUUCUACUAGUACACCAACAAAAACUAUUUCUCCUACUGCUACAAGUACUUGGACUGAUAUUAUUGUCACAGAGCCAACUGAAGAUUUCUUUACAACUGUUUUAAGCACUCUCCCCAGCAGUUCUUCUACUAGUACAACAACAGAAACUAGUUCUUCUACUAGCACAACAACAGAAACUAGUUCUUUUACUAGUACACCAACAAAAACCAGUUCUUCCACUAGUGCUUCAACAAAAACUAGUUCUUUUACUAGUACGACAACAAAAACUAGUUCUUCUACUAGUAUAACAACAAAAACCAGUUCUUCUACUAGUACAACAACAGAAACUAGUUCUUCUACUAUUACAGCAACAGAAACCAGUUCUUCUACUAGUACAGCAACAGAAACCAGUUCUUCUACAAGCACAACAACAGAAACCAGUUCUUCUACUAGUACAACAACAGAAACUAGUUCUUCUACUAGCACACCAACAAAAAUUAGUUCUUCUACUGAUACUAGUACUUGGACUCCUUCUGAUAUCAUUGUCACAGAGCCAACUGAAGAUUUCUUUACAACUUUUUCAAGCACUCUCUCCAGCAGUUUUUCUACUAGUACAACAACAGAAACCAGUUCUUCUACUGAUUCAAGUACUUGGACUCCUUCUGAUAUCAUUGUCACAGAGCCAACUGAAGAUUUCUUUACAACAGUUUCAAGCACUCUCUCCAGCAGUUCUUUUACUAGUACAACAACAGAAACCAGUUCUUUUACUGAUUCAAGUACUUGGACUCCUUUUGAUAUCAUUGUCACAGAGCCAACUGAAGAUUUCUUUACAACAGUUCCAAGCACUCUCUCCAGCAGUACUUCUACUAGUGCAACAGCAAAAUUCAGUUCUUUUACUAGAACAACAACAGAAACUACUUCUUUAACUAGUACAACAACAGAAACUAAUUCUUCUAUUAGUACAAAAACCAGUUCUUCUACUAGUGCAACAAAAAAAACAAGUUCUUUUACUAGUACAACAACAACAACUAAUUUUUCUAGUAGUACAACAACAGAAACUAUUACUUCUUCUAGUGAAACAACAGAAACUACUUCUUCUACAAGCACAACAACAGAAACUAGUUCUUUUACUAGUACAACAACAAAAACUAGUUCUUCUACUGAUACCAGCAUUUCUUCUACUAGUGCAUCAACAAAAACCAGUUCUUCUACAAGCACAACAAUAAAAACUAGUUCUUCUACUAGUUCAACAACAGAAACUAAUUCCUCUAUUAGUUCAGCAACAAAAACCAGUUCUUCUACUAGUAAAACAACAGAAAAUAGUCCUUCUACUAAUACAACAACGAAAACCAGUUCUUCUACUAGCACAUCAACAACAACUAGUUCUUCUUCUAGUACAACAACAACAACUAGUUCUUCUACUAGCACAACAACAAAAAUCAGUUCUUCAAAUAGUGCAACAACAAACACAAGUUCUUUUACUAGCACAACAAUAACAACUAGUUCUUCUUCUACUAGGACAACAGCAACUAGCAAUUCUACUAGUACAACAACAACUAGUUCUUCUUCUAGUACAACAACAGAAACUAGUUCUUCUAAAAGUACAACAACAGUAACUAGCUAUUCUAGUAGUACAACAACAGUAACUAGCUAUUCUACUAGUAUACCCAUAAACACUAAUACUGUUACUACCGUCCUAACAACUGCAAGUACUACUGCUGUACCAUUAAUCAUUGUAACAGAUGCAAUCCAAAAUACAACUAAAACUAGUUCUGUGAGUAAUAUAGUAACAGAAACAAGUGCAUCUCCUAGUUCACGAUUAGGAACAUCUGCAUUAAGUUCUUCUACAAAUUCAAAAACUGAUACCAGUUCUGGUUCUUCUUUAAAUACAUUAUCAUUAUCCAGUUCAGCAACAGAAACUAGUUCCUCUACUAUUACAACAACCGAGACUACUUCUAAUCAUAACUUUUCAACAGAAACCAGUUCUUUUUCUAGUCCAACAAUAGAAACCAGUUCAUCUACUAGCACAACAACAGAAACCAGUUCUUCUACUAGCACAACAACAAAAACUAGUUCUUCUACUAGUCCAACAACAGAAACUAUGUCUUCUACUAGCAUAACAACAGUAUCCAGUUCUCCAACUAGUACAACAACAGAAACUAGUUCUUCUUCUAGUACAACAACAGAAACUAGUUCUUCUACUAGCACAACAACAGAAACCAAUUCUUCUACUAGUACAUCAACAGAAAUUAGUUCUUCUACCAUUACUAGUACUUGGACACCUUUUGAUAUUAUUGUCACAGAGCCAACUGAAAAUUUCUUUACAACAGUUUCAAGCACUCUCUCCAGCAGUUCUUCUUCCAGUCAAACAACAAAAACCAGUUUUUCUACUAAUCCAACCACAGUAACCAGUUCUUCUACUAAUACAACAACAGAAACUAGUUCUUAUACUAGCACAACAACAGAUACUAGUUCUUCUACUAUUACAACAACAGAAACCAGUUCUUCUACUAUUACAACAACAGAAACCAGUUCUUCUACUAGUUCAACAACAGAAACUAGUUCUUCUACUAGUACAACAACAGAAACUAGUUCUUCUACUAGUAAAACAACAGAAACUAAUUCUCCUACUAUUACAACAACAGAAACCAGUUCUUCUACUAGUAAAACAACAGAAACUAGUUCUUCUACUAGUACAACAACAGAAACUACUUCUUAUGCUAACUUUACAACAGAAACCAGUUCUUUUACUAGUCCAACCACAGAAACCAGUUUUUCUACAAGCACACCAACAGAAACCAGUUCUCCUACUAGUACAAGCACUUCGACUCCUUUUCAUAUCGUUGUCACAGAGCCAUUGGAGGAUUUCAUUACAACAGUUUCAAUCACUCUCUCCAGCAGUUCUUCUACUGAUACACCAAGUAGUUCUUCUACAAGUACACCAACAGCAACCAGUUCUUCUACAAGUGCAACUAAAACAAGUUCUUCUCUUAGCACAUCAACAGAAUCAACUAGUGCUAGUACAACCGGGAAUUCAAGCACUGCUUCAGAUAUAAUUAUUACAGAACCAACAGAGGAAUUCUCUUCAAAUGAAUUUAGUUCUUCUACUAGUACAACAACAAAAUCUAGUUCUUCUACUAACACAUCAACAAAAACCAGUUCGUCUACUAAUACAACAACAGAAACUGCUUCUAUUACUAGCACAACAACAGAAACUAGUUCUUCUACUAGUACAAUAACCGAAAACAGUUCUUUAACUAGUACAACAGUAUCCAGUUCUCCAACUAGUACAACAACAGAAACUAGUUCUUCUGCAAGUACAACAACACAAACCAGUUCAUCUACUAGCACAUCAACAGUAUCCAGUUCUCCAACUAGUAUAACAACAGAAACUAGUUCUUCUUCUAGUACUUCCACAGAAUCAACUACUGUUAGUGCAACAACAAUUNCUUCUGCAAUGACUACUGCUGAAGAAGACAUAAUGGAUACAACAUUGUUACUGAUAGAAACUAGUUCUUCUUCUAGUACAUCAGAAACCAUUUUUUCUUCAAGUACAACAUUAGGAACUAGUUUUUCCUCUAGUACUUCCACAGAAUCAACUACUGUUACUACAACAACAAUUUCAAGUACUGCUUCUGAUAUUAUUGUCACAGAACCAACAGAGGAUAUCUUUUCAACUGAAACUAGUUCUUUGACUAGCACAACAAUAGAAACCAGUUCUUCUACUAAGACAACAACUGAAUCUAGUUUGUCUACUAGCACAACAACAGUAUUCAGUUCUCAAACUAGUACAACAACAGAAACUAGUUCUUCUACUAGUACAACAGCAGAAAUUACUUCUUCAACCAGUACAACAACAGUAUCCAGUUCUCCAACUAGCACAACAUUAGAAACUAGUUCUUCUCCUAAUACUCCCACAGAAUCAACAACAAUUUCAAGCACAGCCUUUGAUACUAUUGUCACAGAACCAACAGAGGAAUUCUUUUCAACACAAACCAGUUCUUUUACUAGUACAACAACAGAAACCAGUACUUCUACUAGUCCAACAACAGAAACCAGUUAUUCUACUAGUUCAACAACAGAAACUAGUUCUUCUACUGGUACAACAACAUCAAUCAGUUCUUCUACUAGAUCAACAACAAAAACCAGUUCUUCUACUAGUACAGCAACAGAAACAAGUUCUUUUACAAGUUCAACUACAGGAACUAGUUCUUCUAUUAGUCAAACAUCAGAAACCAGUUUUUCUACUAGUACAACAACAGAAUUUAGUUCUUCUACUAGUACAACAACAGAAACCAGUUCUUAUCCUAGUACAACAUUAGAAACUAGUUCCUCUACUGGUACAACAAAAGAAACUAGUUCUUUAACUAGUUCAACAACAGGAACUAGUUCUUCUUCUAGUCCAAGAACUGAAACUAGUUCUGCUACUAGUAUAGCAAAAGAAACUAGUUCUUCUACAAGCUCAACAUCAGGAAGAAGUUCUUCAAUUAGUCCUACCACAGAAACCAAUUCCUCUACUGUUACAACAAUAGAAAAUAGAUCUUCUGCAAUGACUACUGCUGAAGAAGACAUAAUGGAUACAACAUUGUUACUGACAGAAAAUAGUUCUUCUUUUAGUACAACAACAGAAACCAUCUGUUCUAAUAGUACAACAACCAAAGCCAGUUCUGUCACUAGUACAUCAUUAGAAACCAGUUCUUCAACUAUUACAACAACAACAACUUCACAAUCUUUACUGACAAUAAGCCUUCCACCGUUCACUUUUCCAAGUUUAGAAACCACCCCUUCUACUGAAGUUACAGUUACAUCAGAAUCUACCAGCACAAUAUCAGUUACUAGUAGUAUUUUGAUAACUUCAGUCACUGCAUCUACAACAACUCCUGCAGACAAGGAGUGUAAUAAAACUAUUGUAAAAGUUUGGUAUCCAAGACCAGACCCAGUUUUAGACAUGAAUGGAUUCAAUGAGGUGGCUUUUGCAUCAUGUUCUGAUGAGUGUCGUCAAGCUUGCCUUGAUAUGCUGGGAUGUGUAUUAUGGAUGUGGAUAAGUCCUCAGCACCCUGUCCCUCAAGUCAGAAAGAGAUGCUUUAUGAAAUCAAAAGUUCCUAAUUUGGUAGCUAGCAUAAAUGUGAACCUCUUUAUGGUGGUUGGAUCCAUUGAAUCUGAUUCAGCACAUUAUGGUUUACCUCAACCUCCAACAACAACCAUGCCGACAACAACCAAACACAGAACAUAUGACGAAAAAAAUUCUAUAUUGAUAUCAAAGCUGAUAAAAGAAGCAUCAGAAAUAGACAGCACUAUAUGUGGAAGACCUGAAUGCUCGAAACCUGGAUUACUAAUUGGAGGAUCAGGGCUGCUUGGCUCUCCAGUAGUGACAGAGUCAGCUGAAGUGUGCGCAUGCCGCUGCAAGUACACACGUGGAUGUAUAUUAUGGCAGUGGUUACAUGAGUCAGCUGCUGAAUAUAAGCUAAAAAAUCUAUGUUUUCUGAAAUCUGUGAUAAACAUGAAUACAACGCAACCAUAUCCAGCAAUAUCUGGAUUCAUGCCCUGUGAAGGGAACGAUUAGUUUUUUAAAAAUUUAUAAAUUUUCAAAUCAUACAUACUCUAGCAUUUGUACAUAUUUUUGGAUAAUUAUGAUUUUUUAUAAAACAUUCUUGAAGUUUUCUUCAUCUUUAACAAAGUUUUUAAUUUAACACCUGCAUAAUACAGAAUAUUCAAAUUGCAAAAGAAACGUUUAACCAUGAAACUUUUCAUUAAAAAAGCUUAACAUACAUCCAAGCUAACAGAUCUUUCAUUUUUUAAACCAAUAAAUAAUAGAUUUGCGCAUUUUUUUUUAUAUCCGAACUCAACCUUACCGGCCUAACAAAACAGCUAAUAAUUUAUAAGGAGGGUAAAUUAAAUCUUUUUAUUGUAAAUUUAAGUUUUUUUUCUUUAAUUUGUUUCAUGAACAAAACUUUUAAAUUUCACAAACCUCGAAGGGACUGUAAAUGUGAUUUUAAGUGGUGAUGCUUUGUGAUAAAAAAGUACCAAUCUUUGCUAUAAUACCCUUUUAAAAUUAUUCAAGUAUCAAUAAUGGCUUGAACAAAACUUCCACAUUUAUUAAAAAGUACAGAUUUUUUGGAUAAAAUUUACAGAACACUCUUCUACUCCUACAUAUGUAAUCAAAUUAUUAAAAUAAACACUCGCUUAAAUUCACAUUUACGAAACUGUGAGGUCAAAGGGAGGAGGAUUCCAGAUACUGCUUUUCCAGUUAUUUCAUAGUUUUUAUAGCUAAAUAAUAUACAUAUAUAUAUAUAAAUAAAUAAAAUUUGACUUUUUUA